CCGCGUCCCUUAGUUACGGAAGUAGAGAAACCGGAAGUGGAUGAAAAUGUCAGCCUGCAGGGACAAGUGACCUCUUUAUGCCACUAAUUAACCUUUAGAGUGGCUGGACGGGGAUGUUCUAGUGCAGAGAGGAGAGGCCGGUCGUCCUGUGAGAUCAGUCAUUAUGGCUAUUAAGAUAUUCUUCCCUAACUGCUGUUCGGCAGCAGAGAACGGUCUUCUGAUUGGACGCUGGAUGGCAGACCACAGAUCUGCUGUAGUUCUGGCCACGCUGCAUUUUCCUUUCAUCCCAGCCAGUGUGAGGCGCUAUCUGAGCCAGAUGGAGAAGAAGACCGGGCUGAGCCUCUCUGUAAUAGGGACAUGGAGCCACAGCAAGAAGGACAAGGACAAGGAUGAGAAGAUGGAUAAUUUCCUGGGAGAACUGGGCAGUAUCUUCAGUCACCAGCCUUGGCUGCGGAUCACUCGGGAGGCUUCCAGCAAGUUCUUGGAUUGCAAGGUAGAGAGGAUGGAAGGCGAAGAGUCAGAGGAUGUGAUCUUGGUGUACUAUGACCAGAGGAAGCUGAUGCUGUCCGAGUUACAUUCUGCGUCUGAAUAUUCUGAGAUCACUGCAGUGUUUGAUACUGUGGCCAAGAACCAGCCACUCUUUGCCAAGGACAAGUAUGAUGAGGAGCCGGUGAACUUAACGCACUGGCAGUCUGAAGGGGUGGAGGCCAGUAUUAUUGUGGAACUGAGCAAGCAGGCAUCUGUGCCAUUGUCUGUUGUCAUCUCCUUUUUUGUCUCACUGAUCACCAGAAUAUGUAAUCUCAGGGUUCUUAGCGGGAAGCCUCUUUCUUUCCUGUGGAACAAGAUGUCUACUUGUGAACAGCUGGGGAGACGUUUGGAAAACCUUCGACUGGUCAGCAGCUCAGAAAAAGCCAAAGACCAUGUGACUUUCAUGAGGAAGGCCAGCACUUUCCUGUCGCUGUUUGUAGAUAUAACUCUGGGCAUUCUGUUGAUGUGCUGGCUGUACCAGGGCAAUCACAUAGGUCAGAUGGCUGAUGCUCUCAUCCCUGUCGCUGAUAGAAUCGCUCUAGAGCUCCAGGAGCUGCUGCAGUGGCUGAUGGGAGCUCCCGCUGGGCUGAAGAUGAAUCGAGCCUUGGAUGAGGUGCUGGGAAGAUUCUUUAUGUAUCACAUCCACCUCUGGAUAAGUUACAUCCGCUUGAUGUCUCCCUUCAUUGAAGUGAUUCUCUGGUACAUCGGCCUGUCUGCUUGUCUGGGUUUGACUGUAGCUCUGUCCAUCCUUUCUGACAUCAUUGCCCUCCUGACCUUCCACAUCUACUGCUUUUAUGUAUAUGGAGCCAGAUUAUACUGCUUCAAGUUGCAUGGGCUCUCGUCUCUUUGGCGGCUGUUUCGUGGCAAAAAGUGGAAUGUCCUGCGUCAGCGGGUGGACUCCUGCUCUUAUGACUUGGAUCAGCUCUUUCUCGGAACGUUGUUAUUCACAAUCCUGCUCUUCCUCCUUCCAACGACUGCCCUGUAUUACCUGGUAUUCACCCUGCUUCGUCUGCUCGUGAUAAUGGUACAAGGUGUCAUCCAGAUGACUAUAAAUCUGCUCAGCUCCCUCCCUUUCUAUGCACUGCUACUGCGUCUCUGCCGUUCCUACCGGCUGGCAGCGGGAGUAAAAUUUUGCAUGCUUGAGCAAGAAAAAGGGAAGCCACUUCGAUUGUUGAUGCAGAUUAACCCGUUACCCUAUGGGCAAGUGCUUGGCACCUACAGACUCCCAUCCAGCAGAUGUUACCCUAAAGACUCGUGGGGAUCUUUGUGCAAGAAGCUGUUCAUUGGGGAGGUCAUCUACCCCUGGAAGCAGAAGCAAGAGAAACAAGACUAAGGGAGCACAGACAGUGUUUAUUACAUGAAGGACACUGCCAAAGGUCUUUGAGUUUAUUGAAGUUCUCCACUAAAGCGUUAAAUUUGUUUCCACUUCCUUGUUUAGUGAUUUAUAGACCCCAGCAUAUUAACUCCCUUGUGACCCAAGGGUUGUGUGAAUCCUCAGCUGACUGACUGUUAUGCCCUGUACACACGAUCGGUUCGUCUGAUGAAAACGGACCGAUGGACCGUUUUCAUCGGACGAACCGAA